AUUCAAGUAGAUAGGAGCUGCACUGAAAAAUAGCUUCCUGCCCGAAAGUGAUCCAAAGAUGGCCAGACUUGCAACUAAAGCGACUUUGGGCAAAGCGACUAAGGGGAGUUAAAAGGCUGAUCCAAGAUUAAACCAUUCAUUGGCUCUGGUCAGAGAUGUGACGCACUCGCACUCGUGCUGUAUUCAGGAUAGAUGCUGCAGUUCACUGCUGCCCACCACCGUUACGAAUGACACCGAUCAUCCACGAGCUUUGUUUUUGUCGGACAGAGUGAGGUAAAAAUCAAGAUGACUGACAGCAUUGAUCUUUGCUCUCACCUGCACUCUAUUGGGGAAGUUACUAAGGAGGAACUGAUUCAGAAAUCAAAGUGUACUUGUCAGUCAUGUGGAGUAGGUGGUCCCAACCUCUGGGCAUGUUUACAGUGUGACUGUUCAUAUGUGGGCUGCGGAGAGUCAUAUUCAGAUCACAGUACUAUACAUGCACAGGCAAAAAAACACAAUCUGACAGUAAACCUGACCACAUUCAGGGUGUGGUGUUAUGUCUGUGAGAGGGAAGUGUUUUUGGAAGCAACGCCCAUUACGCCUGUAUCAUUAGCUCAAUUCUGCAAACGUCUUGAACAGACACCAUGUCACCCAUUGAAAGCAGUGCCCAUCGCAGUGGCAGAAGAGGAAGGCUCAGAAUCUGAGGAGGAUGAUCUCAAACCUAGAGGUCUCACUGGGAUGAAGAACAUUGGAAACUCCUGUUACAUGAAUGCUGCCUUGCAGGCCCUGUCUAACUGUCCUCCUUUAACUCAGUUUUUCCUGGAUUGCAGUGGGUUGGUACGCACCGAUAAAAAGCCAGCAUUGUGUAAAAGCUAUCAAAAGCUUAUCUCUGAGCUUUGGCACAAGAAACGGCCAAGUUAUGUUAUUCCCACAAGUCUCUUUCAUGGAAUCAAACUGGUGAACCCUAUGUUUCGUGGCUAUGCUCAACAGGACACUCAGGAGUUCUUGCGAUGUCUGAUGGACCAGCUUCAUGAGGAGCUGAAAGAGGCCCUGACUGACUGCAACAUUGCAAUCUCCGAUGUCGACCCUAACCACAACCAUGACAGCCAUAACCAUUCCGAUGGAGACCGAUGCCCAUCUGAGGAUGAAUUUCUAUCAUGUGACUCUGGAUCAGGAAGUGAGAGAGGGGAUGGAGAGAGGAUGGGAGGAGAGGCAGAGCUACUAAUUCAAGAUGAGUGUGUAGGAAUGAGGGGAAACGGAGGGAUUUCGGAAAAAGAGAGGCUGAAGGAGAGAAGAGGAGAGGAGAAAAAAAGGGAAAUGGAUGAGGAUGCUGAUGUGGACACAACCACACAGGAGGGACAGACCGAGAGAGAAACAGAGGCAAACACUACAAGCACUACUGUACAGACACAAGGGAAUACAGAGCCUGAUAAUGAAGCUUCCAUGCACUGUCAAUCUUCUCGUCCCUGUAGCCCCGUUCACAGUGUGCAGGAGCUGCACUCCAAACUCUCCAGCAGUCCUCCAAGGUCCAGCCCCCUCAGAACUGGCCCCACAUACACUUUCAAGAAAGUUCAGAUGCUGCUUGGCACCAAGAAGAAGCAGCCCUGUUUCCGCAGUGUUAUUUCCGAUAUCUUUGAUGGAUCCAUUCUGAGUCUUGUUCAGUGUUUGACGUGCGACCGGGUGUCGACAACAGUGGAGACCUUUCAGGACCUGUCCCUGCCUAUUCCGGGUAAAGAAGAUUUGGCCAAACUCCACUCCUCCAUCCACCAGAGUGCUCCUGUUAAAACUGGAGUCUGCACAGAUAGCUAUGCGUCUCAGGGCUGGAUCUCCUACAUCAUGGAAUCCAUACGAAGGUUUGUGGUCUCCUGUAUUCCUUUCUGGUUUUGGGGCCCCUUGAUAACGCUGGAGGACUGCCUGGCAGCCUUCUUUGCCGCAGAUGAGUUGAAAGGAGACAACAUGUACAGCUGUGAACGAUGUAAAAAAUUGAGAAAUGGUGUGAAAUAUUGUAAAGUUCUGCGUCUACCAGAAAUUUUGUGCAUUCACCUGAAGCGUUUCAGACAUGAAGUCAUGUACUCAUUUAAGAUAAAUAGCCACGUAUCAUUCCCUUUGGAGGGUUUGGAUCUCAAGCCCUUUUUGGCUAAGGAGAGCCCAUCUCAGAUUACUACUUUCGACCUGCUGUCUGUCAUCUGUCACCAUGGCACUGCUGGCAGUGGUCAUUACAUAGACUACAGUCAGAAUGUGAUUAAUGGACAGUGGUACGAGUUUGACGAUCAGUACGUAACAGAGGUGCACGAGACCGUAGUGCAGAGCGCUGAAGCCUACGUCCUCUUCUACAGGAAGAGCAGUGAAGAGUCAGUGAGGGAGAGACAGAACGCAGUAGCUCUGGCUAAUUUAAAGGAGCCCAGUCUCUUGCAGUUCUACAUCUCCAGAGAAUGGCUCAACAAGUUCAACACAUUCACUGAGCCUGGGCCCAUCACCAAUCACACUUUCCUCUGUCAACAUGGAGGAAUCCCUCCAACUAAGUACCAUUAUGUGAAUGAUCUGGUCGUGAUCCUACCCCAAAAUGUGUGGGAAUAUCUUUAUAACAGGUUUGGGGGAGGCCCAGCUGUAAAUCACUUAUACCUGUGUGCCACCUGCCAAGUGGAGAUCGAGACUUUAGCCAAACGGCGGAAACUGGAGAUGGACACCUUCAUCAAGUUGAAUAAGGAGUUUCAGGCUGAAGAAGCUCCUACAGUCAUCCUAUGUAUAAGUAUGCAGUGGUUCAGAGAAUGGGAGAACUAUGUCAAGGGUAAAGACAAUGAGCCUCCAGGCCCCAUCGACAACAGCAAGAUUGCAGUAUUGAAAAGCGGACAUAUCCAGCUGAAACUGGGAGCAGACUACGGACAAAUAUCUGAGGAAACAUGGCAGUACUUGUUAAGUAUUUAUGGCGGUGGGCCAGAGAUUGCUGUGCGGCAAACCAUCAGCCCCCCAGACACUGAUACGCAUGGAGAAAGGAAGAUAGAGGCAGAGACCAGAGCUCUCUGAAGUGUACAGUCAAUGGCAGACACAUGCGCCGACGAUGUGCACAAUCGAGGACCAUCCACGUGUCUAAAAUCUGGGCCGCAUGCGGAGGGUCCGUACCGACGGUGCUAAUGGCGAAAUAUGCAUCACACAUAGAGUGCACUAUUGGAUCUGGAACACAGAAAACCAAAGUAUACCUCGGCCUUAAGAUAAGAAAUGAUUUACAUGCACUGAGUAAGCAGCGUACUCUUUACUCAUAUAUACAGUUGAAGUUAGAAGAUUAAAUACACAUAGGUUGAAGUCAUUAAAACCACAGAUUUCAUAUUAGCAAACUAUAUUUUUGAAAAGUCAUUUAGGACAUCUACUUUGUGCAUGACACAAGUAUUCUUUUCAACAAUUCUUUAAAGACAGAUAGUUUCACUUUUAAUUGACUAGAUCACAAUUCCACUGGGUCAGAAUUUUACACUCACUAAGUUAACUGUGUCUUUUAAACAACUUGUAAAAUUCCAGAAAAUGUUCUCAAGCCUAUAGGCAAUUAGACAAUUAGCUUCUGAUAGGCUAAUUGGAGGCAACUGGAGGUGUACCUGUGGAUGUAUUUUAAGGCCUACAUUGAAACUCAGUGAUUCUUUGCUUGACAUCAUGGGAAAAUCAAAGAAAUCAGCCAAUACUUCAGAAAAAAAUCAUGGACCUCCACAAGUCUGGUUCAUCCUUGGGAGAAAUUUCCAAAUGCCUGAAGGUACCAUGUUCAUCUGUACAAACAAUAGUAUGCAAGUAUAAACACUACGGGCCACACAGCCAUCAUACUGCUCAGGAAGGAGAAGCAUUCUGUCUCCUAGAGAUGAAUGUAGUUUGGUGCGAAAUGUGCAAAUCAAUCCCAGACCAACAGUAAACUACCCUGUGAAGAUGCUGGAUGAAACAGGUAGACAAGUAUCUAUAUCCAAAGAGAAACUAGAAGAAAAACUCCACAUAAGCUGAAAGGCAGAAUAAGAAAGGAUGAAGCCAAAGCUCGCAAACUGUAAUCUGGCUUUUUUAUGGUGGUUUUGAAGUGCACAUGGGGACAAAGUUCUUACUUUUUGAAGAAAUAUCCUCUGGUCUGAUGAAACAAAAAUUUAGCUUUUUGGCCAUAAUGACUAUUGUUAUGUUUGGAGGAAAAAGGGUGAGGUUGCAGCCGAAGAUCUCUAUCCCAACUGUGAAACAUGGGGGUGGCAGCAUCUUGUUGUGGGGGUGCUUUGCUGCAGGAGGGACUGGUGCACUUCACAAAUUAGAUGGCAUCAUGAGGAAGGAAAGUUUUGUGAAUAUAUUUCACAAACAACAUCUCAAGACAUCUGCCAGGAAGUUAAAGCUUGAUCGAAAAUGGGUCUUCCAAAUGGACAAUGACUCCAAGCAUUUGUUGUGGCAAAAUGGCUUAAGGACAACAAAGUCAAGGUAUUGGAGUGGCAAUCGCAAAGCCCUGACCUCAAUCUGAUAUAAAGUUUGUGGGCAGAACUGAAAAAGGGUGUGUGAUCAAGGAGGCCUACAAACCUGACUCAGUUACUCCAGUUCUGUCUGGAGGAAUGGGACAAAAUUCGUUGUGAAGGCUACCCAAAAUGUUUGACCCAAGUUAAACAAUUUAAAAGCAAUGCUGCCAAAUGCAAACAAAUUGUAUGUAAACUUCUGACCCACUGGGAAUGUGAUGAAAGAAAUAAAAGCUGAAAUAAAUAAUUAUCUCUGAUAAUUGACAUUUCACAUUCUUAAAAUAAAAUAGUGAUCCUAACUGAUUUAAGACCGGGAAUGUUUUCUACUAUUAAAUGUCAGGAAUUGUGAGAAACAUUUUAAAUGUAUUUGGCUGAGGUGUUUGUAAAUCUUCUGACUUCAACUGUACAUGUGGCUUGCUGAGUAAGCUGCUUUUUCCAUAGCAACGUUAUUUCCCAGUGAUGCUUUUGUAAAUAACAAACUUGGCAUCUCAGAACUACUGUUUUAAAUUCUAUUUUAGCUUCCCUUUAUUUCAAGAUAUUCCAGGGUUGUAUGCUGUGUUUGUUUCCUUAACAUUCCAUCACAACCUGCAACAGAAUUGCACUGCUGUAGUGUGGUUUCCGUCUUAUUGCAAACUUUGGGAUUUCCCCCAAUUUACUUGGGUGCAAAUGCAGAGGUUAUGGACAGUAGUCGUUAUUUUAAAUUGGUACUUAUACAUUUAUAUAUUUGAUCUAAUUCCCCCAUUAGGGAGUUAUAUUACUCAAGUCUCACUGUGUGUUUCACAGUCAGAGUAUUUUAGUAUGGUGUUCUGUCUAAAUCGGUGGGAAAUUGCAUGUUCGGGAACUGUUAAUGGAUGAAAGUCAUGAGAAUUAUUUUUUCAAUCGGUUCUCCCUCCCAACCCUGUUUACAAGGCAUAGAAUAUCCUGUUGUUAUUAAUAAUAGAUGUGUUUUUUUUUUUUUUGCUUUUCUGUAGGUGAUGACCCACAUGAUGUAGACCAUUUUAAACCACACUUGCAUUUUUGUCUCACAAGCACUUCGUGAGCAUUUCUGUGAAUCUAUUUAUCUGUGACUGACAGAGCUAUAAUUGUGAAGGAAAUGGGUCUUAUUUAUUAAGUAAAAGUAUAUUAUCAGGCGCAUACAACCUAACAAAAUUAAUGUUCAUGUGCAUUGGUGAUGUGCUUGUUUUGUUUGUCAGUGGAACUAAGGGUAGUGAUGUCUUAUAUCUUAGUACAUUACUUUUUUGGAAGUGCAGAGGUAAAUACAUGAUACAUUAUGUACUAUGACAGGACACAAGCUAUAUGUCAUGCAAAACCUUUAUUAGAGCUCUUUGCCAACUUCUGUGUAGGCAUAACAGGACAUGAAAUUAGUGUCUGCAUGUUCAAAUAUGCUUUUCCUGGCACAUAACUCCAGCAUAAUCGUAAUAAUUCAUACAUAAUCCAUACAGAACAAGGUUGUAUGCUUGCAUUGUGAGUUUGUCUGAGGUUUUUACGUUAAGAUACUGUUAACUCUCACAGAGACGCAUAAUGGUGAAGGUGAAGGCUUCAAAUGUUACUAAUUCACAGAAAAAUGUGUAUUGUUCAUUCUUUCCAACACAGUUCUUACCCCAUGAAACACAAUCAAAUGUUCAUGUUCACACUAACCACUAAUUCAUGUUCUUUAGAAGCAAUAUCAGAUGAAUGCUUUGAAAUUGCAGACAAGGUGUAUGUGUUUUGAACAUUACUCAUUUGAAGUUAGAUAGAAUUUAGGUAUAAAAAUGACUAAUCUUUAAUAGCACCAGGAUGUGGUGUCAUAAGAAGCUUUGCAUUUUCAUGUUCAUUUCUUGAACCAAGUGUCUGAUUACUCUGUGCUACUGAUAUUUCAAUUGUUUUUAUCACCAUAUAACCAUUUAAUGAUGACCCAUUUUUAGAUUUAGAUGUUAAAAGCUGAAGAGGUGUUACUUAUAUUCGAUAUUACAUUCUGUUUUAAGGCAUUUUAAAUCCUCUGUUGUAAAAUUAUAGUCUUGUCCUAAUCAAAGUGAAUCCUUCCUUGACACCCAACAGGGUUGCGUAAACUGCUAUGUAUAUUAUUUGUAUAGUUUUCAAAUAAUUCACCAUUUCCUCAAAAUGGCAGAAACAAAACUGCUUAAUCAGAUGCAUUGUGAUGUUUUAAUGAUGCUCAAUUUGAUGACUAUAUUCAUACAGUAGUUGCAUACAACACCACACCCCAAAAUGAAACAAACUAAACCACUUUUCUAAGGGAAUGUGCAAUGAGGUUGAUCAGGUGUUUUAGGAAUGUUAAAAGGAAUAGUGUUAAGAUGUCUGUUUUUGAAAAAUAUAUUUGUACAUAACAUUUAACAGUUCUAUUUAUGAAUGUCUUCUUUUCACAUUGUGAACAAUGAAAGGUCUGUUACAUAUUUUGUUGCAGGAACUCAAAAUUCCAAGGUCAUUCUUGGCGUAAUGUCUUUUUUCACUUAAGUGAUUUAAAUCUCCUCAAAUGUUAAGAUGUGUCUGAUUUGACUAAGUUAAAUAAAGAAUGUUCUUUCU